GGGGUGAGAUGACUAUAAAUGUGUUUAAAUUAAAUUAAAUUAAAGCCUUCAACCUGUAUAUGCAUGUAUAUAAAUGUGUUUUAUUUACAGCAUUGCCUGAAUGUACAGUACAUAACUUUCUUUUACGUGUUUUAGACCUUGUAAUCAUAAGCCUCUUGGUAUGUGCAUUUGAAGAAGACAGGGUUUUUUCCUGGAGUGGUUUGGGAAACGACAGUCAAGUUGACACCAAUGAGAAUGCAUGUCUGACUGAUGUGGUGUCAUGUGGAUGCUGCCUGAUGCAAAAUCAGAUCUGGAAGCUCGAGAUGUUUUUCAACAUGACAUUAAAUGAGCUGCAGAGGAACAUGAAGAGAGCUCAUUCAGUGUUAAACAAUAUUUGUGCCAGUCGCAGUGCCUUCUCUGUGGCUCUUACUGACAAACGCCUCUGUGUUGGCCCAAAUCGUGAAGACUCUGUGGUGAAGUAUAGCAGUGUAUUAGUUAACUUGGGAGAGUGCUAUAGCACCGACACUGGUGCUUUUGUAGCACCACGUUCUGGUAUCUAUAGCCUGGCUCAAACACUUUAUAGCAGGCAUGGUGAUGCUGGCGGCACAUUUGCUGCUUGUGCUCAACUCCGACUGAAUGGACACACUAUUGCAUCAGCAAAUGAGAACAACCUUCAAGACCAGGAGGACAGCACUAGCGCUCUGCUAGUAGUGCAGCUGCAUGCAGGAGACGGGGUGGAUGAUACAAUAACAACCACUACAAUACUUACACUGGGUUCCUGCUGA